UCGUGGCCCCCCAAAGAAAAAAAUAUGAAAAAACAUUCAUCUAAAACCUAAAAUUCUAAUUAAACAAAAAUGUUUAAUUUUGCAACGUAGUGCGGUUUAGCCUUAUUUUCUGAGGUGUAAUUAUACAGAAUUUAUGAUAAAUUAAUGUAUUUCAUAAAUUGUCAUAAAACUGGGGCCGCCUUGACCCCAGUUUGAGAACCACUGGGCUACACAAUGGAAUGACUGAAUGAGCCUCGAGACUCCAGAUGUGAAAUGGGCGGAAACUUUUUCAAAACUGCACAACAGAUCUCGAGCGGAUUCUGCUACGGUGAUUUUUUAGGAAAACUGCACAUAAACCUUUUCAGGAUUUCUUGCCAUUAUAUAAUCAAAAUUAUAACGGAUAUAUUUACGAUCAGUAUAAACUAGAAGAAAAUGUUAACAGCCGAAAUCGAGACAGCUGGGUCUUCGGACGCUUCUGCUGCGGCGGCAGAGGGGAACCCCGGCCCGAGCGACAUACUGGAAGUUACUUUCCAGAAGAACCCCGAUCAAAAGAAUAAAUUCCUAGAAGCAGAGUCCAAGAUUUUAGGGGUUACACAGAUAAUGCUGACCGUACUUCUCAUUACUUCCAAAAUUGCUUAUUUUUCACACUGGAUUGGAAAUAUCGGUAUAGGUUGCUCCUGUGUUGGCAUAAUAGCUGGUAGUCUGGCAAUAGCUGCACAGAAUCUCCACAUACCAACACUCAAGGCUUGUUUGGGAAUGCAGAUAGUCACGUGCCUGAUAUAUGGGUUCAUUCUCAUCAUCUCAUUUGAUCAUCAUUUUAGCCCUGCAGAUACAGCCUGCUAUUACCCCUACAAUGAGUCGCGCUAUGAACUACCAUUAUGUAAAUCUUUAUUGACUGGAUUAAGUCAAAUGGAUGCAAUAGAUAAUCUCACGGAAGCGGUUCAGAUUGCCCUCUCUAUUACACUAGCUGCAUAUUGCUGCAAGGUUAUUCAGUGCUGCUCGCCCAGAUCUCAAGUGCCUGUCAUCGUUAUGAGAGCUUCAAAUUGAAAGGAAGUAUAUAUAUACAAAGAGUGUUGGUCACAUUAUGAUCUUAUUAUACCUAACAAUAGUAAUGAACUGAUCAUAUUGUUAUUACAGCUAUAGACAAAUAUACUAAUAACAUAUUUAAAACAUUUUAAGACACUAAUUCAAAAUAGCAUGUUAAAGUUUGUCUUGAUGUGUAUAGCAUUUUUG